CUGGAUUUAUGUAUAACUACUACACAAAGUCCACUGGACAACAAUUUGAAGUCUGUUGAAGAUCUGCGCCUUUUCAUCUGUGUAAUAUUCAUCUUCCACUCCCAAAGUUUUAAAUUGCUAUUGCUCGAUCGAAAUUUGUUCCUACAUCCACCGCAAGCAUGUACGAUAUAAGCACAAGUUAUCUAAACUCUGGCUGCUCGAUUAAUGAAGUCUCAUGGGAUUAACGUUCAUUAUGACUGUGAACGUUCACUAUUUGAUGACCGUUCCACGGUACUCCGCGGCGAACGGGACUGGAUAGUUCCUGUUUUAAUAUGCCGCGGAGUCAAAGCAACUACUUCCGAAGCUGUGUGUUCCUAGAAACAUAUAAAACACAUUUCAAAUAUUUCUCUUCCUCCUUCAUCAAUACAAUGAAUUUCACUCUGACUAGAGCAAUUAUAGUAGCAGUCAUACUUGGAACCGCUCAAGCAGCCCACAUUGCAGCUUGUACAGAGAACAAAGAUGGUACUGGGCCAUAUGAUUCUUAUGCCACUGAAGCUUGUUGUGGUGAACAAUCUGGAAUUUAUAAUGUACAUGGCCAUUAUAGUGAAAAGUAUGGUGAUUGUAGAACAGGUAUCGUCGGUGGAAAUUCGGUUGAUCAAGGAGCAAUUACUGCUUGUUGUACAAAAUUAGGAAAAGGCAGUACAGCUCAGUGAAUCGGAUAUGGUCUUUGAACAUUAAAAAUUGAAGAAGCAAGGUUAUCAAUUUCUCUCAAUGAUAUCGAGAUUCAAAGAUAUCAAUUUAUAUGAUUCAUAAAUCGCGUUCUUUUCUUAAUGAAAAUUUCCUUUCAUGUGCUAUAAUAGACUCUAAAUAACCAGCGUGCAAGUGAGCAAACUGUAGUCUUUCCAUGGAUGACAGUGCCUACCGAAACGCGUACCUGGUUAUGUAAUCCGCGCAUUUGACACGUUGCCAAUCACAUAAGAUCACAUGGAUACUGUAAGGUAGUCAUAG